AUUUCUCUUUCUUUCAUUUUGUACUUUCAAUCAACCUAAUUUAUACGCUUAGCAAUUAAUAUUUAAAAUAAUGGCCGACUUUGAAGAAUGCGCAAACCAGCGUGACGAGUUGCUCACAAGCAAGCUAUGGAUAAACGACCUUAAAAGUCAGUACCUCGAACACGUAAAGGCCUGCGCCAGAGACCUACCAACAGACGUUGAGCGGUUCCCGGCAAACAUCCACGCAUACAUUGAUUACUAUAGUGAGAUAUACGCUCAGAACCGCGAGGCCAUUACUGCAUAUCGGGCGCGCGAGAUGUUUGCCGAACGCAUCAGCGGAGCUGCGUUUAUCCCUGACCAGAGCGAGCUCAAAAAGUUUGAGAUGACUGUUGUUGAAGAGGAGCGCUUGGUUAAGCAGGUACAGCUGCGGCUGAGCGAAAAGGUCCGGCAGGCCAAUGAGAAGAUCGACGCUGAGGCCCGGGAGUAUCAGCAAGCAACCGACCUAUCAAGCGAAAACGAAGAACUAAUCGACAGCAUUACAAAACUCGAAGCUGAGCUCGACACGCUAACCACAGAGCUUGAAGAGAAAGAAGCGCGCGAAAAGAGCAUAGUCGAGCAGCAGACGCGCGAGCUCCAAGCUGCGCACAACGACCUGGUGCGCGAGACCGCCAUGCGGGACGAAAUGGACCGCGAGCGGAGCCGGCUGGAGGACCGGCUGCAGCGGCUGCAGAGUGACGAGAAGAAGCGCCAAAUGAACGACGCGGACAAACAGGAGCAGCAGAGGCUCGUGGAGCGCUGGCUUCGCAGCAUUGCGCCGGUUGUUGGCGCUAAGGUUGAGAAUAACGUGCUUAUGCUGACGCUUGGCGAGAGCGUGGGCGCAAUGUCGGGAAGGCGCAUUUUGGUUGAAUUCAAUGUGCUGGGGAAGAUUGUAUCGGUCAAGGAUGAUUCCGGUCGCAAGCUUCCGCCAGUAAUGAACCACGACGUGCUGAUGCGACUGUUGAGCGAGUGACGACGCUGUUUUCCAUUAGGGCACGUGUUUGUGUUCCCAGGCCGGGUGCUUUUCGAUAGCACAAAGCAGGCACUUGCCACUCUUUUUCUUUAUGCUUAACUUUUUUAAUUUGGCCAAAUAAUUAAGGUAUUCAUUUU